GCACAGCCCUCCUUCCAAUUGCUGGAGAGAGAGAGAGGGAGUUGAGAAAGGCAGAGAGUUUUAAGGCAGGCUCUGCACUGGUGUUCUGGGCUAUUUCAACUUCAGGGCAACUUUAGAGAACUUCAGUUAUUUUUGGUUCUGGGCGACAGCUGAGACCGGCCGAGCCUCCAGGAGAUGCUGAUGCAGAUGCGGAUGCAGAGGACGAAGAAUCUGUUAAUGAAGUGGCAGUAGAAGACAUCCGUCCAAGGCCACAAGGAUCCUCUCCAGUUUAUGACUAUUCUGUAGAAGAAGAAUAUUUAAAGCUUCAAGAAGAAAACAAAAAAUAUUCUGCUGACAAAUCAAAACAGAGACAUCCACAGGAGACAAUGGAAGUGACCCUGAAAACAGAAGUGGAAGCUGGUGCUAGUGGAUUUAGUGUGAUGGGUGGAGGAAAUGAAGGAAUAUUUGUCAAAAAAGUACUUAAGGAAUCUCCUGCUUCAAAGAUAUUUAGUCUAAGAGAAGGUGAUCAGCUUCUAAGUGCUACAAUAUUUUUUGAUAAUAUCAAAUAUGAAGAUGCACUCAAGAUUCUCCAAUAUUCCGAGCCAUACAGAGUCCAAUUCAGCCUCAAAAGAAAAAUUGCUGGGAAAGAAGAGCUGGAACACAUUCAGUCUGCAGCCCAGUACAAAAAGGAAAGAAUAAGCCAGGAAAAAGAGCUCAGUGAGAGCAUUCCUGAAGAAACACUUCACGAUUCAGGAAAAGCCAUUUCAGAAGAAGACAGGGAAACAUUAAUUGUGAGCCAAAGGGUAGGAAGAAGCAAAAGACCUAAAAAAGACAGACUAUCAUGGCCAAAAUUCCAGUCAAUUAAAAAUAAAAAGAUACUGGGGCACAGAAGAUCUCAUAGUACAUCAGAUGCAUAUGAGCCUGCUAUACAGGAUAUUUCCCCUACAAGCACAGACACGGAAUCUCAAUUUCAACAAGACAUCCAUAUCAAGGAAAAAAAAGGAAGUCAAAAGAAACUGAAGUUCCCUAGCAUUGGAUUCAAAAUGCACAGAUCCAAACCAGAAACACGAGACAAGCAAAAAAAAGAAAUAAAAACAACACUGCUAUCUGAAAGAGCAGAAAUACAUAAAGAAGACAUCAGACUGGAAAAUCCCGAAAUACCAACUGUUGAAUAUACAACAUCCCCUGCUUAUGAAAUCAAAACUGGGGAGGUACAUGAAACUUUAACAAAAGACCUAAAAGAUAUGAAAAAUGGCAUUCCAUCUCAUGUAAGAAAAAGCCCUGAAGUUGAAAUAAACAUUAGAAAAGAGAAAGACAAGGAGUCAACAUCAAAAUUUACUGUUCCUGAAGUACCAGCUAUGACUAUACAGAUAUCACAGCCCAGCUUAGAAACACCUGAUCUGAAAGAAAUCCCAACUAAACAAACACCACAAGCUUCAUCAAAAUCACGAAAAAAGAAACAGAAAGGAAGAGCAGGUAAAACAGAAGGAGAAAGUGAAAUUAACGGAGACAUGACAGCUUACACAGCACAAGGAUCCAGACAGGUAAAAGGUCUAGAAAUAGGCACUGCUAAAGCAGAAUUACACUCACUAUCUGACACACUAGAAACAAGAGAAAAAAGAGUAGAAGACAGACAAAUGAUAACAAUUCAGAAAACAAAGUCUGGGAUUUCAAUAUCCGAAAGAAAAGAGCAAGAGACUGAAAACAUGAAAGCAGGAAGUGAUGUUCCAGAUUCAGUAUCAGAAACAACCGCUGAUAAAGGUUCAGAGGAUGACAGGAAUCUCGAUGUGAAACCUCAGAUGUCUGAUGCAGAAUCAGAAGUAACUACCUGGAAAAUACAAAUGCCAUCAUUAAAAAUAGCCACAAAACCUAAACCUGAUAUGAAAGUACAAGGAGAAGAAAUCACAGAUGAAUCAUUUACCAUUGUAAAAAACGUACAGACAAAAGAAGAUGGCAUGACCUCAGCAGAUAAAACUUUGAAGAUGGACAUAGGAUUGAAAACGGUAGAAAUGGAAACAGAGGGAAAGGAAAGCAAAUUCAGGCUGCCAAAACUAAAAUUACCUACAUUUACAUGGGCAACUACAAAGGAUGAGACAGGGAAAACAGAAACUCAG